AUGUCUCUGUUCAUGUCUCUUGUGUACUUUGUGCUCAUAUGUGAUCUCUCCCACAACUUCCUCACAGGCUUGAUUGAACAAGGCUACACCAUUCUUCCCCGAUUCACCGAGCUCACCAACGGGUUACAUCAGCAGACAGUGGGGCGGUUCUUGGCAAAGCCAGUGACCCUGUUUGCUUGCCCUCCUGGUGUGACCUCGCGAUGUGGCUUGGAGUUGGCGUUUAGAGUCAACUUCACCUUCGCUAUCUUUCCCCAGAAUGGUGCUGCCAGGUCCAACGGCUUUGCGUUUGUGAUCGCAGCAAAGGCCAAGGCGGGGAAACCCAAUGGUGUGGGGUAUGGAGGAAUGGGGCCUGGGAACAUAGCCGUUGUGUUCAAGACGCUUCAAACAAACAAGCAGUGUGAUAGCGAGCAACACGUGGGUCUGAACAUUGACGGCGCGGAAAAAUCAAUGGUGAAAGAGGUCUCACCAUUCAUUCUCACCAACGGCGCUGGAUACACGGCAUGGGUGGACUAUGAGCCUGGGUACCCCGGCACCAUUCAAGUGUUCCUGGCGGAUUCAUCUGUGAAGCCAGAGAAACCGCUGCUGCAGACGAGUUUGUCACUCUGUGAGCUACUGCAGGCUUCAGUGAAGCCCUUCCAGCCGGCGUUCUCGUUUGGUUUCGUUGCGUCCACCACUGUGAAGCCCUUCCAGCGAUACAACAUUCUCUUCUCUUACGUGCAAACAGGUGCUCCUUCACCCAAGACACCCGAGAACAAAACACAAGCCGCGCUGCACGAGGCAGCAAAUGCCGCCGUCAUUGCAUGCUUCUCCUUCUCCGUCCACUUUUCAGAUGCCUGCUGGGCGUAUGCGGUGGUGGCGAGUGUGGAGGGAGCAUACGGCAUAGCCAACAAUAGCAGAGCUCCCCAGUUGUCAGUGGAGUCCCUCUUUGCUGCCAUGGGGCUCACCGAUGCAGACAACUGCACAGCUGGCGGCUCACCCGCCCAGGCAUUUGAAAACCUCGUGGCUCUUAAUACCAACAACGGCAGUGGGCUCACAGGGGCCAACAAUUCGGCAACUAGGUACCCGGUGCAGGCAUUUGAGCGAGCGCAGUUCAAGGGGUAUGUGGGGCUCAUGCUGGCAGUGCGACACCAGCCAGUGUUGGUUCACAUCCAGGCGUCUGCUGCCACGUUCAAUGCGUAUAAUGGGACUUUUAAAUACCAGGAUCCAGAUUGCUACACGGGCAGUCUCAACCAUGUUGUAAUCGUUAUAGGCUACUCCAUCGUGGUUGAAGACGGCAAUCAGAAGCGCAUUGCUCCACCAUUUUGGAUCAUCCGCAACUCAUGGGGAGAGGGGUGGGGAGAGAAUGGUCACAUGCGCAUGGACAUUCAGGGAGGGGAUGGCGUGUGCGGCAUCAAUGUGCUUCCUGGCAUCUACCCCAUUAUCAGAAGUGAGCACUAUCUACCCCAUAAUCAGAAGUGA